AUGGCCACCUUCUCUAACUCCAUCCUCCUCCUCCUCCUCCUCCUCCUCAUCCUCUUCUCCUCCGGCACCGGAAAGCUCACUGGCGAGCCCACCGGCACAAAGAAAACACGUCUCCACUUCUUCUCCCACGACACCAUCCACCAUCUCUCUUCUCCGGCGACCACCAUCAUCCAACCACUCAUCACCAUGCAACCAACAACAAACACAGAGAAAUCGCUCUUCGGAAACAUAGCCGUCGUCGAUGACCCUCUCACCGACGGCCCAGACCCAACAUCAAAGAUGAUCGGAAGAGCUCAAGGAAUGUCCAUAUUCUCUUCCAGCAACGCCGAUGAUCCGGCAAUGCUGGUGAACGUGAACUUGGUUUUCACUGAGGGGAAGCACAAUGGAAGCACGCUGGUGAUGCUUGGGAGGGUCGCAUUUCGGUCGAAGAUGAGGGAGUUGCCGGUCAUCGCCGGCACCGGAAAGUUUCAGUUUGCUCUUGGGUAUGCUAUGCUCACCACCCAUUCACGUAACCUCACCACCGGUGGAAGCUCUAGUGUUGCUGUUGUUGUUGAGUAUCAUGUUCGUGUUUCUCAUCACUGAGAUUUAUU